GCAAUCUGGCUGGCAACACUGCGAUGCCGAAGAGCCGAAGUUGCCGAAGCGGCGAAGCCGGAAAUUGGAAUUGCUUCUGCUUCCAUUCCGUUGCAAAUUGCAAUAUUUUGUAGAUAAAAAGCCGAUCAGGUUUUCUUGUGGAAUUAUCUACAUAUUUAUAAACAAAAAUAAAAACCUCAGGAACUUUACAGAUUUAUUUACGUUUAAGAAAAAAAUGAGCAAAUACUCUGAAAAUGAGGAUGAUCCUUACGAAAGCUCGGGUGAUGAGUGGAAAGAGGAAGAAGAGGUGAAGAAAAACAGCAGAAGAUCCUCUCAACGUUUAAGUAAAAAGCCCCGAAUGACAGUGGUUGAAUAUGGUAGUAGUGACGAUUCUGAUAGUGAACCUGCAAGAAAAAAGUCAAAAAAUGGUGUUACUAAAAAGGCAAAAGUUCAAGAAGAAGAUGAAGAUGAUGACGAUUAUUCAGCUGAAGAAGACGAGGAUGAAGAGAUAAAAGAAGAAACAGAAAAAGUAAAAAAUUCUGGGACAAAAGCAACUUCAGGUACUACUGGUAGUCCAGUACCUGCUGUGAGACAAAUGGGAAAUCGCAAGUUUAUACCAAAAACUUUGUAUUCAGAAGACUACACUACUGGCUCCUUUGUCAUUCUUAAAAAAGAUGCUGAGGGUGAUGCUUCCAAACACCCAUGUAUAUGGAGGAUUGACGGGAAAGCACUUUUACAAAAAUAUGAAGCAUAUGAUGAAGAUGGCAAAGUUAGACAUAAAAAUACAUCCAUAUACACUGGGUGGUCUCCAAUGGACAAAGAUCUGUAUGCACCUGUGACUGUUGAUGUGAUUCAACAUAACAAUCAAAACCUUAGGGUCGAACUCCACUGGGACAAAUUGAAAGACAUUAAUGCUGACAGUGAUUAAUUUUAGGUCCUAGUUUUUGGGAUCCAUUUUCAUUCUUUGCAAGGAGUUAAUAUUUAAAAAUUAUCUGUAUGUAGUUGUUCCAUUGUAUCUUUGCACAAACGUCAUGAUUCAUUUGCAAACAAGUUAAAUCAAAACAUUAAGUGAAACGUACAUUGAUAUGUACUGUCAAUGUAAUAAUUAGGAAAGGCUAUUAUUGGUGGAUGUAUUUUAUAAAGUUAUAUUGUACAUUUAUAUUUAACUAUAUAUUAUAUAAUAAUAUAACUACAUUAGAACCCCGAUUAUCCGUGUGCGGAUUAUCCGUGCUAUGAUUUUCUAUUACUCAAAUUACAUUUUUGAGGUUUUAUCAAAAUAGCGUCACUGUAAAUCAUUCGACGAAACUCUAUACGCUGAGAGGGAGACUCAUAAUGAAAGAUUUAUUUUUUCUGUCAUCUUUUUAUGGUAGGUACAUACGUAUGUAUAAACGUACAUACGUAUUAUGUAUAAGAAAUAAAUGCUUUUCAAUUAUCCCUGCCACGUCCUGUACCGAGGAGCACGGAUAACCGGGAUUCUACAGUAUAUAUAAAAUGUUAUAAUAUAUAUUUAACACAAUGUAACUUGAUGCAAUAAACACAAUAUAAAUGUAAAUAAAUUCCAAUAAACAUAACAAAUGCGCUAAUAUCACUGUUUUUGAAAAUAAUAAACGCCAAAAUUCAUAGUAAACAAGAUAUCAAAGACAAGUAUUGUUUAUCCUUGUUUAACUUAUUGUGGUUUCUAUGGACAAGCGGUUUAAUUUUGCGAUACUAGUUUCUGUGAGUAAAAAAGAGACUUAGUGUAAUUCGUGAAUAGUUUCAUGCAUGUGCUAAGAUACAAUGGAAAACUAUAUCAGAAGAAACAUGUAUUUUAUUAAAAUAAUUUGCCAUUAAUUUGACACAGCAACUUAAGCAGCUGUAUUUUUUUGUUAUAUGCCAGUCUUGAAUUGAUUAAUCAUUGUGUUUUAGUUAAAAAAUAUAUUAACUCUUAAAACCCAUAAUGCCCAUAUUGACACUGCAGAAAUCAUUUACCUGAACUUUAAACCUAGUUGUAGACAUAUGAAAAUCAGUGGCGGCUGGUCAGAGGAGGCAAGGGAGGCUUAGCAUUCCCAUAAAUUUUUUACACAUGCUAAACUGUUUUGUUUACUUUGCUGUUUUGCAUCGCGUUAGAGAUAUCGGAAAAAGUUAUGUGAACAAGUUGUUCCAAAUAAUGUUCUAACCCCACAUACCAAAUUUCAUCACAAAAUUCGCACUUUUAGUUUUUUCAUUAUUUGUAAUCAGGAUCCUAAAACUGGAGAGGAGGCUGCUGGCCGGAAAAUCUCACUUGCUAAUGUUCCGCGCAGCCCAGCAGCGUUUACGGAGACCCGGUUUUCUUAAGUUGUGCUCACUACGGAGAGCAAUGGAUUGUAUCCUCGCUCCGACCCUUGCUCCCUGGUAUUUAUAUUCGUUAUAUUCGUGAAUUUUCGCAUUUAAAAUAAUGUAUUUAUUUUAAAUGCGAGAAUUCACGAAUAUAAAUACCAGGGAGCAAGGGUCGGAGCGAGGAUACAAUCCAUUGCUCUCCGUAGUGAGCAAACCCUUUAGCUGCAUUAUUUAUAGUUUAACGCACACGCUGCCCGGAGAUUGGGCAAGGACCGCUGAUCGGCCAGCAGCCUCCUCUGCAAUUUUAGGAUCCUGACUACAAAUAAUGAAAAAACUAAAAGUGCGAAUUUUGUGAUGAAAUUUGGUAUGUGGGGUUAGAAUAAUAUUUGGAACAACUUGUUCAAAUAACUUUUUCUUAUAUCUGUAAUGCAAAGCAAAAUAUCGGUAAUUUACCGUGUUUUUGGAUUCGCAGUAGGCCACUUUUAGAAUUAAAAAAAAUUCAGUUGAGUAUCUUAAAAAAUGUGAACCUUCAACCUCUAUGGACUGCAAAAGUUAAAAUCUGUAUUUAUUUUGAUAUGCAUAUCUACUUACAGAGAUAGAUUUGUUAACAAAUAAACGACACAAACUUUGGUAACACACUUUUACAAUUUGACUAACUACUUUUAAAAUGAUAUGAUAUUAUGAAUUAUGAUGAUAUUAUAAAAUGUAAAUAAAAAAUGGUCAAAAAAAUGGGGACUUAAAUUAGAUUUUUUCGGCGGAUUUUUUUUUGCUAGUGCAAAUUUGUCUAGAUAUUUUACAGUUAGGUAUAGCCUCCCCUGGUAAAAAUCACGAGUCGCCACUGAUGAAAAUAUUUUACUCAAGAAAUGUUGUGCGUCAUUGAAAUAUUGUAGAUAUUGGAGAAAUAUAUUAUUAUUUUAAUCCGGGAGCAGUCGCGCGGUUUGAAAAAAUCUAACAUUUUAUCCUUUUCCGUGAUAACUUUUUUUUUAAUGUUGUAAUAUUUACAAUCUGUCCUCAACUAAGAACAAUAGGUAAAUUAUUUGAUAAAAAUUGAAAAUUUGACCUGUAGAGGGAGAUCCAGUGAUCACCCUCUUUACAUAAAUUAAAUUAAAACAAAAAGUUUAGUUAUCACAGAUUAUUUGAAUCUUCUUGCUAGGUCCACUACUUUGAAUCUCUUCAGGCGUCGUACAUCAUUGUGAUCAUCAGUGAGGUUGCUGGCUAACUCGUUUGGAUGAGAUUCUAGUCUCUUGGAAUAUUUUUUGUAAUAUUCCGUUAUUACUGUUUUUAUGGAUGGCACAUUGAGGUCUUUCUCUAUCACAUAGUUUGGCACGUACCAAGGGGCAUUCAGCAUUGUUCUGAAAUCUCUGCAGUAUUUCUAGGUUAGUUUGACUGGCUGUCCCCCAAAGUUGGAUACCAUAGGUCCACACUGGUUUUAAUAUAGUUUUAUAUAUCAGCAGUUUGUUUUCAAGUGAUAGUUGAGAUUUACGACCGAUGAUCCAGUACAUUUCUCGAAAUUUUAUUCCUAGUCGUUUGCUUUUUGUAAAAAUGUGUUUUUGCCAAGUUAAUCUCUUAUCAAGAUGGAUUCCUAGGUACUUGACAGUAUCGGUUUGUGGGAGUUGCGUUUCAUUUAGUGUUACAGAUGGACAUGUUUGUCUUCUCAUCGUGAAGGUUACAUGGAUGGAUUUACUCUCAUUCGCCUUUAUCUUCCAUUUUUUAAGCCAUAUUUGUAUAUUAUUAAGGUCUUUCUGAAGGGUUCUGCAUGCUGUAUUUGGAUCGUGGUGAGAGGAGUGAUAUUGUAGAUAUUGGAGAAAUAUAUUAUUAUUUUAAUCCGGAAGCAGUCGCGCGGUUAGAAAAAAUCAUAACAUUUUAUUCUUUUCCGUGAUAACUUGAUGAAAAGUUUUGCAACAUAACUUUCCACUCGUAAGUGCCUCGAGGAAGAUUGUAGUAAUGCGUGGGAAUUUUCUUUUAUUUUUUUUUUUGAAUUUAUGGCUUUGGUGAGAACCAAUUAGCUUUAACAUUGUUAGAAAUAGAUAUUUUUAACAUAACAAGUAAAUAAAAAUAUUAUAAAAUAGAAAUUUGUCUUAAAUUCUUAUUGUGAGAUUUUUUCUCUGCGCACGACUGCUUACAUGACAGAAGUGAGCAUGACUGCUCCCAGGUUAAUAGAAAUUUUUUGAACUUUGGUAAACAUAGUGAACCAUCUGGCUUCCAAAUGGCUUAUUCCGUCACUGUGUGUCACUGAAAUAUUGCAGACAUUGGAGAAAUACAUUAUUAUUUUAAUAGAAAUUUUACUCAAGAAAUAUUGUGUGCCACUGAACUAUUGUAGACAUUAGAGAAAUACAUUAUUAUUUUAAUAGAAAUUUUUUGAACUUUGGUAAACGUAGUGAACCGCCUUGCUUCCAAAUGGCUUAUUUCAUAACUUACCCGAUCAACAAACCAUCUAUACCGCGUUUCAGUUUCAGACAUGAGAUUCAGUGUAUGGAGGAGACCUCCAAUGCAAACUAAAUGAGAAUCUUAGUGACAACGUUGCCGCUGUCCACGGUAUCAGCCGUGAAAGGUAGUAUUAGGCAGGUACUUGUAGAGGAUUAUCGCUGUUAACUGCUGUGGAAUACUAAAGGAAGAUUUAUUUAUGAAAAUUCACAGAAUGGCAAACCCGCUUGCAAUUUACAAACAUACUGAUUCUAACGUUUGAAACAGAGAAUAGCACCAACAAAGUCUUUAUAUUCAAAUUAAAGGCUUUAGAGCCUUGGCGUUGUAUUGGCAAAACAAGUUGUGGUAAAUGAGUUCUGGAUUAUAUUAGGUUAAUUUUAGAUAAUUUUAGUAAACUUUUUUUCAAUACCUUUAUUCCUUAGAUUUUCUAUGAAUGUUCUAUUCCUUUCUUUAUGGUUAUAAAUAAAUUUUAUAAGUAAAUCAAGAAUAA